AUGACCGCUUCCACGUCUUCUAAACCACCAGCUAGGGUGAAACCCCAACUUUUUGAGUAUCCACCACUUAAAGAAAUUCCAGUAUGUUUUGCUGUUACCGUGUGUACUAUGGCUUAUGCCUGGUAUGGAGUUUAUAGAGCCAGUCAAGAUUUUAAAUGGAGCAUUGGGGACUAUGGAAUUUGGAGUACGCCUCCAGUGAUUGGAAAUUUGACAGGACCCAUGAUGAAGGACGUCACAAAUUGGGAAUGGUCGCGUUGGUCUCCAUUCGCCUGGUCCUAUCUGCCAGUCUUCUUCGGCCAUUUUCUACUUUUCAAUACCGGAUCAGCAAUUCUUCCCGAAAUCGCAUUCAUCCCAAUUUAUACCCUAGCCUCAAUCGGAGCAGUUUCCUAUUAUUUUACUCCGUUCUUAGUUGGAGUUUCUAUCGCUCAAGGAUCCGUUGUUUUUCUCACGGCUACUUAUGUUGGAAAAACCUGGGCAGUUUGGCUGAGUGCUCUUCCAGUGCUCUACGUAUCAAUGCAUGAAACCAACUCCCUGUCCGAUGACCCUUUUCUGAUCUUCACAUUCCUCUCCUACUCAAUGAUUCAUUACAUUUCGUAUUCCCUGGAACAUUUGAAAGGGAAUUCGAGAAAAGAGGAUGAUAGUGUCGUUAAGCGAUUCGUCAGAAUGAUGUUUUAUGCAUUCUAUCAGCCCUAUCUGUUUUCGUUGAUCAUGUUGUAUCCGGAUUUUGAGAGACAGAUCAGGGAGAGAAACACACGCCAACGAAACUGGCUCAACUGCAUCUGGUCUGGAGUACGUAUUGCCUUCUGGUGGUGGCUCAUGGAGACCUCUCUUCACUUUUUAUACCAAGAGGCGAUUCUCAAAAAUGCGCCAUACCUUUACUCCCUCCCAAAGGACCAAUUCGUUGCUCUUGGGAUGGCGAUGGGAAUAUUUUUCCAUUUGAAAUACGCCGUUAUCUUCGGUCUACCCUCUCUUUUUGCCAAACUCGAUAAUAUGGAUCCACUUCCAGGACCGAUUUGUCUCAUUCGCGUUACAUUGUAUUCGAAGGUGUGGCGAGAAUUCGAUCGAGGACUCUACCAAUUCUUCAAGACCUAUAUUUUCAUUCCAAUUUGUGCGCCAACGUUCUCUUUGCCAAGAAAAAUCUUUGGAGUUUUCAUUUCAUAUGGAUUCGUGCUUCUCUGGCACGGAUUCUACCAUCAUAAUAUUGUCUGGAUCGGUUUGAACAUUCUCGCCCUAUUCAUCGAAAUGGGAUCGAAAUCCAUCUACACGAUUGAAAGUGUUCGAAAGUGGAGAGAAGCCAAUUUAAGUGACGUGGCACUCAGAAGAAUUCUGGCAUGGUGUCAUAUUUUACCAUUUGCCAUUGGCCUGUACUCCAACUUCUACUUCCUGGGAGGUUCUGAUGUUGGAGCGGCGUUUGUGCAACGUUUUUUGAUUGAGGAAACUAUUACUGUUAGAUGGCCAUUCCUUCUGAUCAUCAGUUUGGGAUGGUUCCACGCAAACACUUGUAUGGAAGUGGAUAGGUUGAAAAAUUUGAAGGACUCGAAGAAAACCAAAUCCGAAUAA